CGUGCCUCUUUCUGGAUCUUGCGCGUUAGUUACUGGGAUCUUGAUCUUGAUCGCCACUACUUGCCUGCCUACGCACUCUGACACCUGCUACAAACUACUACCACUACUAUAUACACACCCGACAUACGUCGCUUUACUUUACUUUACACCUCAUCGCUCACAAGCAGCCCCCGCGCGCGCCUGCCCGUUCCGUCGCAUUCACCUCACAUCACAUCACCUAGCGGCCCACCUAUCGCGGGUCGCUCACACGCAACAUGGAGAACGAAGCGUACCUCGAGAACGGGUUCGACCCGAACAGUCUGAAAGUGGCCGAGCUUCGUGGGAUCCUGCUGAAGCACGACGUGGACUACCCAUCGUCGGCGAAGAAGUCGAUUCUCGUGGACCUAUUCAACGCCAACGUGGCGACUAAGGCAACGAAGCUGCGCGCCUCGCGCGCGAGAGUCAGCGCGAGCGACGAGGGCAUGAUCAAUGCUGGCUUCACGCCGGAAAAGAACGAGAUCGGCGCCACGCCAAGGAGGGUCCGCAGGACGACGAGGGGCGCGACGGAGGAUGCGAAUGAGGAGGAGGAGGCCAACGCUGGCGCCAGGAGGAGCACUAGGACUCCCUCGAGGAAACGGGUCGAUAACGAUGUUCAGGACGAGAUUGAUAUGCCCCCGCCGCCGUCGACGGUCAGGAAGACGAGGAAGAGUAUCGCGAGGUUCCCGGUCGAUGAUGUGGUCACGCCCGGGAGACAGAUCGCGGCGGAAGAUCCCGAUACACCGUUCUCCUCCCAUAAUCCGUUCCAGAAGGGAACGCCGUCGCCGGCUAAGAGUCCCGAUCCUGAGAGACGCAGGACCACUCUCGACACGCAGUCCAUCUGCACCAAGAAACCCUUUACUUCGCUCAGGAGGAGAACUGAUGGUGUUCCUGCUGCAGAUAUCCAGGUGUACGAGCAGUUCGACCAUCCCAUCGAGGCUCGGGUGGUGACGGAUGCACUGAGAAAGAGACGGCAAUCCUCUCGUCCGCGCCAGUCCACCAACGGUGGCGCGGUCGUCAAACAGGAACGCUUCGAAAGCCCCCCAAUGAUGGACAGCAUGGAGCCCGGCGAAGAGUUUGUUCCUCAGGAAGCUAUGGAGCUGGCGCAGGAGCCCGAGCUGCAGCUUGCCAGGAGGAGAAGGCAACGCUCACAGGGGUCCGGCACCAGUGGCAGUGUGGUGUUGGCAAUCGUGUCGUUUGCCAUGCUCGCCUAUGCCGUUUGGUGGAGAGCGGAAAAGCUGGAGGUCGGAUACUGCGGGGUUGGCGGUCUGGAUAUGCGUAAACAACAGCCCAGUAACGCUUUUGUCGAGUUGAUUCGCCCGGCUUGCGAGCCGUGCCCGCCCCAUGCACGGUGUUACCCAGGCAUGGAGCUGGACUGCGUGGACGACUACAUCAAGGCCAACAGCUAUCUUGCUCUGGGCGGUCUCUGGCCGAUCCCGCCAGCCUGUGUGCCUGACUCCGAGAAGGAACGCCGAGUGAUGAUCAUGUCGGAUGCUGCUCUUGAUGUCCUCCGCAGGAGUGGAGCCGAGCAACGCUGCAAGGAAAAGUUCCUGAGCGGAGGAAUCGAACUGGAAGGUGUCUCGGAGGGGGAGCUGAGGCAAGUUUUAUACAACCGCAAAGCCACGUCUCUGUCAGAUCGAGAAUUCUCGGAGCUCUGGAGACAUGCUCUAGAAGACGUGUCGAACCGCGAGGAGGUGAUCGUCGAAACCGACACAGACAGCGGCACCACCAAACUCAAAUCCACGUCAAUUGCAGCUCUCCCGUUCGGCUGUGCGGCCCGGCUCUUCAUCGCAGGAUCCGUGGCCCGACAUCGAGUCGAAAUUAUUGGAGUAAUUGUUCUCCUCAUUACGGGCGUUGCGCUUCGGCAGAAAAUGGCCUCCAGGAAAGUGUACAACACCAAGGUCACCAAGUUGGUUCACAUCGCACUAUCCCAGCUCGCAGUCAACGCCAUCCAGCAUCCGGACUACCCCUACAUCGCGGUUGCACACCUCCGAGACCAAGUACUGCAGCACGAGUUCAAUCCGCAUGCUCGCAAGCACUUGUGGAGCGGCGUGGAGCGGGUCGUCGAACAGAAUAGCAACGUUCGUGCGGGGGAGAGGGAGGUCCAGGGUGAGAUCAUGAGGGUGUGGACGUGGAUCGGCGGUCAGUUCGUCGAAGGUAAAAAUGUUUUUGGUGAUGAUGCUACCUCCUCCGCUGUCGCCCUGGAGACCGAGUGGCGCCGUGGUUCUAGGCCCGUGGUCUGAUGUGUAUUUGUUGUUGGUCGAUGAUGCUUUUUUUCCUUCUUCU